GAGAGAGAGAGAGAGAGAGGAGAGGGAAUCUCUCAAAUUCUGGGUUUAAGCUCUCAUCUGUUGAUUUUCGCUCAGCUUCGAAUUUCAGUUUCUCCUUUUUUUAUAAGCUCAGAGAAAGUUAGGGCUUUGUUUUUGUUUCCUUUGCUGCAUUUUUGGCAUCUGUUAUCUUUGAAGAAAUGGAUGGAUCAGGAGGGAGAGGUGGUGUGGAGUCGAUUCUACCAAACUACAAGCUCGGGAGGACUCUCGGUAUCGGUUCCUUUGGUAGGGUUAAGAUUGCUGAGCACUCUUUGACCGGUCAUAAGGUUGCUAUCAAAAUCCUCAAUCGUCGCAAAAUCAAAAACAUGGAGAUGGAAGAAAAAGUGAGGAGAGAGAUCAAAAUCUUGAGACUUUUUAUGCAUCCUCACAUCAUCCGUCUCUAUGAGGUCAUUGAGACUCCCACUGAUAUUUAUCUCGUCAUGGAGUAUGUCAACUCUGGUGAGCUUUUUGACUAUAUUGUGGAGAAGGGUCGGUUGCAGGAGGACGAGGCUAGGAACUUUUUUCAGCAGAUAAUAUCGGGAGUGGAGUAUUGCCAUCGGAAUAUGGUAGUUCACAGAGACCUUAAGCCUGAAAACUUGCUUUUGGACUCCAAAUCCAAUGUAAAGAUUGCUGAUUUUGGCCUGAGCAACAUUAUGCGAGAUGGUCACUUUCUGAAGACUAGCUGUGGAAGUCCAAAUUACGCUGCUCCUGAGGUCAUUUCUGGAAAAUUAUAUGCUGGCCCUGAAGUAGACGUCUGGAGCUGUGGUGUGAUACUCUACGCUCUUCUUUGUGGGACUCUUCCGUUCGAUGAUGAGAACAUUCCCAACCUUUUUAAGAAGAUAAAGGGAGGGAUAUAUACUCUGCCUAGCCAUUUAUCUGCUGGUGCUAGAGAUUUGAUCCCCCGGAUGCUCGUGGUCGACCCCAUGAAACGAGUAACCAUCCCUGAGAUCCGGCAGCACAAUUGGUUCCAAGCUCAUCUUCCAAGGUACUUAGCUGUCCCUCCUCCAGAUACGGCCCAGCAAGCGAAAAAGAUUGAUGAGGAAAUUCUCCAAGAAGUUAUCAAUAUGGGAUUUGAUAGAAACCUCCUCAUUGAAUCUCUCCGCAACCGGACCCAGAAUGAUGGAACUGUGACAUACUACCUGAUACUGGACAACCGGUUCCGUGUCUCUGCUGGUUAUCUCGGAGCCGAGUUUCAAGAGACUAUGGAAGGUACUCCGCGAAUGCAUCCAGCAGAAAGCGUAGCUUCACCAGUGAGCAAUCGGCUUCCAGGACUGAUGGAGUUCCAAGGAGUUGGCUUGAGAUCUCAAUACCCUGUUGAGAGAAAAUGGGCUCUUGGACUUCAGUCUCGUGCUCAUCCCCGCGAGAUAAUGACAGAGGUCCUGAAAGCGCUUCAAGAUCUGAACGUGUGUUGGAAGAAGAUAGGGCCGUACAACAUGAAAUGCAGAUGGGUUCCUAACAACGCAGAUGGAAUGCUCAGUAACUCGAUGCAGGACAACAACUACUUUGGAGAUGAUUCCAGCAUCAUAGAGAACGACGCAGCUGUGAAGUCGCCUAAUGUGGUCAAGUUUGAACUUCAGUUGUAUAAAACAAGGGACGACAAGUAUCUGUUGGAUCUGCAGAGGGUGCAAGGUCCUCAGUUCUUGUUCUUGGAUCUCUGUGCUGCCUUCCUUGCUCAGCUCCGAGUCCUCUGAAUAAUCAAACCGGAACUCUUCUAGAAUAAUCUUCCCACUUCCUUUUUGUUUAUCUCCUUCGUCUAAGAAAUAUUCAGAAAGAAAUGAAAAGCGUACUUCUCUUACUACUUCUUUCUUUAGUAUUCUAUUUUGGUGCUCUAUUAUUACACUUCCUUAAACUUUAAUGUAAGAACGAUGAACUCUCUAGUAAAACAAAACAAAAAAGAUGGAGCAACUUUGUACAUAACUUGCAGUUCAUUGUGUUUUUUGUAUCGAUAUUGAUUAAAAUCGAUAAGCUCACGGAAAGACAUUGUGAAGGA